AUGACGUUUUUGCGUAAGGAUUUUCUCAGUGUAUUUGGAUUGGUUUAUCCUUUGAAAAAACUGUCUGUGUUAUCCUACUUGCAAUGUACUAUACGUUUAAUUGAUGAGACAGGGAAAAGUACUCUGGUUCUAAAAAAUGAAGCUGAAAAAAUUGCUAAUGAAAGAAAAAUGGAUUUAAAGCAAGUCGGUUUUGUUUCUGAGAAAUUAUCGCAUGCAGUUUACAAAUUGGUACCUGAUGUUCCAAAAUCAAUUUCGCCUUCAACUCAAACUCAACACUCUUUUAACAAUGUAAAAAUUAAAGAAUUAACAAUGACAUGUCUAAUUGAAGAUCAUGAUCUAAAGGUCAAGUCCAAAAAGCUACAGGAAUUUCUUGAUAAAGGGUACCAUGUUACAGUUACAGUUGCAAAGCCUGUCAAAGCAAACUUGUUACCAAAAACUAUUUUUGAUAAGUUGAUUUUAUUUUUAAAUUGUUCUGUAGAAUGUUCGUCUACCAAAGUUAACGAAAACAUGUAUAAAAGUACAGUUGCAAAAAGUGAAAAAAACUUUUAA